AUGAAUCGAUCUGCAGCAAGGCUCUCUCAAGCUGUCAAAGGCCUUUGUAUCAACGGCAGCACUGUAUCCAAGACCUCUCAUCGAUCAUUGCAAGCCAACUUCGUACCUGCCAUCGUCCAUUGCCAUGGUAAGCGAGCUGUCACAUUAGGUGUGCACAAUGCUCUCUGGCAAACCAAGCAAUGCUACACAACAACAACAACAACAACAACAACAACAACAACGCCUUCCGUAGAGCCUACAAUGGCUUCUACUGAGGCAGCUCUAGGGGAUUGUCCCGGCUGUGGUGCUCCAUUUCAGAAAUCUAAUCCUGCUCAACCAGGCUACGUAGCCGACAGAAAAUCAUCCAACUCCAUUAACAAGAAGCAGCAAAACAAAUCUCUGAAUGAGGAAGCCUACCAAGCAGCUCUUGAUGAAUUGGAUCCAGAUACAAGAGCACUGUUGGAGGGAGAGCCUAUCGACAACCAAGCUGAGCAGCAUCAGCAAAAGCAACACCAUCAUCAGCUUAGUGAACGUAGCGUCUGUCAAAGAUGUUAUGCAUUGCAGCAUCACAAUGCCAGCACCACUUCCAGUACGCCUGAUUUCUUGCGCUCAUCACAGCAGUUUGGAUCGCUGGACUUUUUGAAAACCAAGAGAGACCCACUGAUGGUGGCUGUAUUCGAUGUCACCGAUUUGCCUGCUUCUAUGGGCCAUCUACCUCAGCUGUUACAACAAAAUCCUGGUGCGCGCAUCCUACUUGCUGCCAACAAGAUGGAUCUCUUACCAGCAUCCGCUCGUCGUCAUGAGCAGCGCAUCCGAGAUUGGAUCAUGCAACACAUGAAAGCCAUUGGCGUGCCUACAAAUCAAGUGGUAUCAGUGACAUUGAUUAGUGCCAAAAAGGGAUGGGGCAUUCCAACACUCAUGCGUAAGAUGGAUCGCGAGAGAUUACCUACAGACGAUAUCUACCUAGUAGGAAGCACCAAUGUGGGCAAAUCAGCCCUUGUGAAUCAAUUCAUGUCGCAGAUCAGAGGUACACUGGAUGCAGAAGGACGUCGGUUGAAAUCACAGCUCAAGGCUCAGUACAAGAUCACAAGUUCAGCCGUGCCUGGCACCACCAUGGGCACCAUCAAAGUGCCGUUGCAUGCGUUGGGAAUGACCUCGGAGGAUGGAGAAGGCUGGGAGAAGCGUCGUUUUGUGACAAGAGACAGAUUCCUGAUUGACACGCCUGGCAUCAUCAACGACCAGCAACUGAUACAUCAACUUGACUAUGACGAACAAAAAAAGCUUGUGAAUCAAAAGGAGAUGAGCCCUGUUACCUUCAAGCUAGAGCCAGGAAAAUCACUGUUACUGAAGCCUCUCGUCCGCAUUGAUCUCUUGGAAUCAGACCAUCCAGUCCUCUUCACCAUGUUCAGUCCACUGGCACCUCAUUUAACAAAAACAGAUAAAUUGCCCGCUGCGCAUGCCUUGCAAGACAGAAACACACAUCUUCGCCCUGUCAAGGAUCAAUCGAUACUGCGCAUGAGCUCUCUGGAACCCAUGGACGAAAUUGUGCGCGUACGUGGUAUGCAUCGAUCGCACGCUACUGUGGAUUUCAGCUUUGCGGGCGUGGGCUGGAUCUCAUUGAUAGGCGAGUUUGAUCGCGCUACCUUUAGAAUUUGGCUGCCUAAAGAAGUGGAUCCUCACAAGGUGUUUACGAUGCGUGAUCCUCCGUUGUUGCCCUAUGAAUACAGGGGCUCCAUUAGAAAGUUUUUUGGUUCUGGCGAAAGAACAAGAAAGUGA